UUGACGGCGUUAAAUCCACACAGCGAUAAAUACCACAGACAUCGACGGCACGAGAGCCGCGCAAGAGGAGAAGCAGCAGCAGAAGCAGAGCGAGUGAAGAGAGAAAAGGGAAGCAAUUCUCUCGUCGUAUAAUUCCUAAAGUAAACCCUAGAUUUUUAUCAGAUCGCAAAAAAGAAGAGAAUCGGCAAUGGGGAGGGAAGUUACAGAUAUUUGUAUGGACAAGGAGCCUCAUUGUGUCGUGAUUUAUUCAAAUGGUGACACUCAUGGUCCAGUUAAUGACAUUGCUCCUGGACAUUGUGAAAUCACCGAAUCAAAUGAACAAACCAAGGGGGAUCCAUACCCUCAAAUUAUUGCAGAGAACACUGAACUAAAGGAAUACGAAGUGAAGGAAUGCACUAUUGACAACUCAGUUGAGAUUGCUGAUCUUUGUCUAGACGAGGACUGUCAAAAGGAUCCUGAUGUGCCUUGUGUUAGGAACAUAAAUACCAAGAAUGGCAUGCAGGAGGAGAAAACAGUGACAUGUGAAGCUCAGAAGCCAAGCAAUCAGAAGAAGUUAAGCUCUCCUGUGGAAUCAGCAUCGAGAUCUUCCAAUGCUGGAAAUGCACGAUCUAACUGCACCGUUCCACAGCCAUUUGCUCUGGCGACUGACAGGCGUGCUUCAGGUGGAACUCGACCUACUGGGGCUGAAGCUGGUGCAAACAAAGCUGCUAAUGCAAGUCUGCAAUCCUCUAGCUUGAAGAAGACACAGUCAAACUCACCUCUCAUGUCAAGGAAGCCACUCCAACCUGACAAUACAAAACAUCCAGAUGAAGAAGAUGCCUGCUCUAUUGCUUCUUCAACUGCAGCGUCAGUACGGACAUUGAAAAUCAGGAUGACCAUGGCAUCUGCUCCUGUUUUUAGAUGCAGUGAGCGUGCAGAGAAGCGGAAGGAGUUUUACUCAAAGUUAGAGGAGAAACACCAAGCUUUGGAGGCAGAGAAAAACCAGUGUGAAGCCAGGACCAAGGAAGAGCGGGAUGCAGCUUUAAAGCAGCUUAGGAAGAGCUUGACGUUUAAAGCAACUCCAAUGCCCAGCUUCUACCACGAGGGACCUCCUCCUAAGGUUGAACUAAAAAAGCUGCCUACUACACGUGCCAAAUCGCCAAAGCUGGGUCGGAGAAAGAGCUGCAGCGAUGCAAUUAAUCCAUCUCAAAGAGACAUGAGUGCUGUGACUUGUGCACGGGCAAACCGUCACAGCCUGGGUAAUUACAAAGAAGACAAUGGCAAAGAUCACAGCAUUGCAAGGAAUGGAAAUGGUGCUUGCAAAGAUAAAGGUGGCCUUAAACCAGUGAGGGAGAGCCCCAAAUCCGCCCCUCACAGUAAGAUGACAGGGCAGAGAAAUGUGGACAUUGCAGUGCACUCAUAACAGGAUGGCGUGCUCUUAUUUAAAUGAAAGGUUAGGUUCUUUGCUUCCCCCCUCCCCCUUUAAUUUAAUUUAAAUGUGGUGGUGUUGUGAGAUUGCUCCAUCUUCCCCUUGCAAGAACUUACUGCAGUGGUUGUUGUGUGUUACAUGAAGUGUAAAUUUUGUAAGUUAAAGUAUCUGAUGAAUUGACAUGUUAGUGAACAUUCUGUAGCUUGUUAGCUUCUUGUAAUGCUUCUGUUUGAAAUGACUAGCUC